UGGCUAACCAAGUGAACAUUAGUAUAUAAGAGCCAACUUUAUCUCCGUUAAAAAGUUUUUUUUGGAUAAUUCUAAGAACAAAGAUAUGACUUUCCAAAGAACAUUAGUUCGGUGCAUUUAUAGUUAGUGCAGUACUUUUUUCUUUUUUUAUUUUUCAAAUUUUGACACGCUCUUUCAUAUAAGAAAGAUAGGUGGAUUGCUCUUCAUACAAACUAACGCUAUAAAGGCUACUAAUGUUUUAAGAUCUUCCCCAACCUUCAAAGCAUUCAUUUUUCCAAAACCCCGUUGGUAAUUUCAAUGUCAAUCUCAGCUCCAUUCUCCUUCUUCCUCACCUCAUUUUGGUCUGUAGAUUCGAAUGAAGACAAACAACUUUCAUUCUCCAUUCUCUUAGUUGUCCUGACUUUCGCUCUUUUCUGGUUCCGACCAAAACUCCGGCGUCCCAGUUUGCCUCCAGGCCCUCGUGGCCUGCCGCUGGUCGGUUACCUUCCAUUUUUAUCAGCCAAUCCCCACCACAAAUUAACCCAUUUGGCCGACAUCUACGGCCCAGUUUUCAAGCUCCGUCUUGGAACCAAGCUCUCCAUCGUUCUCACCUCCCCCGAUUCCAUCAAAGAAGCCUUCCGCCACCAGGAAGCGCUCUUACCCAACCGAGAUACCUCCGUUUGUGCUUUUCUCUCCAGCUACGGCGGCUCCGGCAUUGUGUUCACCCAGGACGACGGCGAUUGGAAGAAGCUGAGAAAAAUCUUCGUCCGCAAAAUGCUUAGCAAAUCAAACCUCGAUGCAUCCUACUCUGUUCGAAGACAAGAGGUGAGAAAAGUGAUCAAAGGCGUGUUCGAAACGGCCAGAACCCAAAUAGAAAUCAGAAAAGUGGGCUUCCUCGCCGCUCUGAAAUCGGUUAUGGCCAUGACGUGGGGAGACUCAGGGCGGCUGAUUGGAGAGGAUGGGGUUGACUUGGAAGUGAAGUUUAGGGAAGUGAUGGAUGAACUUGUGGUGUUGCUUGGAACUCCGAACGUGUCGGAUUUUUUUCCGGUGCUGGGUCGGUUUGAUUUGCAGGGAAUUGCGAAGAGGACGAAGAAGGUGAUGCGUGCUUGCGAUGAGAUUCUGAAUUCUGCCAUUGAAGAGCAGAGGAAGAUGGGAGGAAAUGGUGUGGAAAAAGGAGGGUAUCUGCAGAUGUUGUUGGAGCUUCAGGACAAUGAAGAUAGUUCAGAGUGCAUUACGGAUGACCAACUCAAAGCCUUGCUACUGGAUAUUGUGAUUGGUGGAACGGAAACAACAGCGACUACGAUUGAGUGGGCAAUGGCAGAGCUAAUGCAACAUCCAAACACAAUGAAGAAAGUGAAAGAAGAACUAAAGGAAGUGAUAGGUUUAAAUGCAGUAGCAGAAGAAUUUCACUUCUCCAAAUUAUGCUAUUUAAAUGCAGUGAUUAAAGAGACACUUCGUUUACACCCACCUAUAUUUUUUUUAGUACCUCGUAUUCUUACGUCUACAACCACUUUUGGAGGGUACUCCAUCCCAACGGAUUCAACCAUCUAUUUUAAUAUUUGGGCCAUUCAAAGAGAUUCUAAAGCUUGGAACAACCCCUUAAAUUUUAUGCCAGAAAGGUUCUUAAAUAAUUGUGCUGAAAAUGAUGAAUUUAUUGGUGACAGUGCCAUGGAGUUCUGCCCAUUUGGAUAUGGGAAAAGGUCAUGUGCAGGGAUCCCACUGGCUGAGAGGAUGUUGAUGUUCAUAUUGACAUCUUUGUUGCAUUCAUUUGAGUGGGAAUUGCCGAAGGAUUCAGUGCUUGAUUUCAAAGAGAGAUUUGGAAUUGUCAAUAAGAAGUUUAACCCUUUGGUUGCUAUUCCUACGCCAACCCUUUCCAACUUGGACCUUUACAUGGCCUAAAUAAUGGAUCAUUAAUUUUGGGUAUGUUGUAGUCCUUUUAAAAUAAUGGUUGGUAAUUGUGUAUUUCAGGUUAAGAAACUUUAAAUUUAAAUAUGUCAAGAUGUGUUACAAAGUUUGUCAUUGAAGAUUAAAUAUAUAAACAUUGUG